AUGUACUCCAACGCGGCAAUCUUUCUGUGCAAGGCGGGCGCGUACGCGGUCACCGGCUCGUCCGCCAUGCUCGCCGAGGCGGUGCACUCCGUGGCGGACAUCGUCAACCAGGGCUUGCUCCACGUCGGCAUAAACUCGUCCGCCAAGGCGCCGGACGCCAAGUACAACUACGGGUACAGGCGAGAACGGUUCGUGUGGUCGCUCAUCAGCGCCGUCGGCGUCUUCUUCAUGGGCAGCGGCGUCAGCGUGAUGCACGGCGUGCACAACAUCAUGCACCCGGCGCCACUGGAGCACAUAUGGGUCGGACUCGGCGUCCUCGCCGCGUCCGCCGCGAUCGAUUCCUAUUCGCUCCACGUCGCGUACGAGGCUCUCAAAACGAACGCGAGGGCGAAAGGGAUGACGCUGGACGAGUUUGUUCGAUCCGGGCACGACCCGACGUCUGUCGCCGUCGUCGCGGAGGAUGCCGCCGCGGUGGCGGGGUGCGCCAUCGCGUCCGCCGCGCUGAUGGCGACGCAACACUUCGGGUCCAGCGUGUUCGACGCGGCCGGGUCCAUCGCCGUGGGCGGGUUGCUGGGAACGACGGCGAUGUAUCUCAUCAACUCCAACCGGCUGCUGCUCCUGGGACGGAGUCUGGGGCCGGAGAAGAUGAGGAGGAUAACGGACGCGGUGCGAGCGGACCCGGUGGUGGAGGAGGUGUACCGCGCGAAGAGCGAGGAGCUCGGGCCGGGGACGUACCGCUUCGUCGCGGAGAUCGAGUUCUCGGGGUCGAGGGUGGUGGAGAGGUACUUGGACCAAGGGGACGGAGCCAAACGAGAGCAGCUUCACGGCGUCUUCAGGUCGGCGGUGGAGGAAGGGGCCGGGAGCGGGGACCCGAGGGCGCUGGACGCGGCGCUGAAGCUGUACGGGGAGGAGGUGGUGACCGCGGUUGGGGACGAGGUGGAUCGGAUAGAGAAGGCGAUCGUGAGGGUGGAGCCGUCGAUUCAUUACGUUGACCUGGAGACGAACUGA